UUAUGUGUAACUUGUGCUACAGAGUCAACCCUCCACAAAAUAUUGGGAUCCUAUUGAGCGAUGGAAGAAAUCUAUGCAAAUAUUGAAUAUGACAAUCAUGUUGACUCCAAACCAUCACAAAAUCAGACAGGUCCUAGGAGCUCAGAGAGGAUAUUUCAUGGAGCUGUUGUUCUCUGUCUGGGGCUGCUGAGUGUUUUCCUGCUGGCUGGGCUCAUCGGCCUCUGUGUUUACCACCGUGACUCAGUCCGUGAUUCAUCUGCAGAACUCUCCACUGUCAAAGCCAACCUGACGAAGCGUCUCCAGAACAGUGAAAACAAGCUGUCCUCCGUGACUGAAGAGAGAGACCGGCUGAAUGCCAGCCUCAGUAACACGACUAAAGAGUUAGACAGGCUUCAGAGUUUGUCCAAACAGAAGAAAACUUGUCCUGCAGGAUGGAGGAUGUUCAGUUGUACCUGUUAUCUCCUCUCCACCAAGUCUGAAACUUGGGGAAAAGGCAGAGAAGACUGCAAAGGCCGUGGAGCAGAUCUGGUGGUGAUAAACAGUUAUGAAGAACAGGAAUUCCUCACUAAAGUCAUCAAUCAAGACACUUGGAUUGGUUUGAAUGACAAAGAAAAUGAGGGCACCUGGAAAUGGACUGAUGGAACUCCGCUGACUCUGUCGUACUGGUUCACACGGCAGCCUGAUAAUGGUGCUGGAGAUCCACGGUGGGGUGAAGAGGACUGUGCACAUAUCCAGGCUAGCACAAAAACUGGAGGAAACUGGAACGAUCUGCGGUGUGAUAACUCUCUGAAAUGGAUCUGUGAAAGAUUUGCUUAGAAUUUAAUGAGUUUUGAUAUGAUACAUUUAAAAGUACUUUAACAAUUAUUCAAAAGUCCUUUAAUAGUGUAAUUGUUUUUCUCAAGAUCUCAGUAUUUUUUCCCAAAAUAUACUGUACUUUUUACUGAGAAAAUUAACCCCAGGCUUGUCCUAAUGACUACCAUAUGCAGUGAAACAAAGCUCCCUAAAACUUAUCAGGACAGUUGUAGCUAACAUGCUACUGAAUAUCUGAAAUGUACUUAAUAGGAUAAUAAAUCUGACUUAAGCACUUUUCUCUAAUUGCUCGCAGGAGCUCGGAGUGAACUGCUUUUAUUAAAUUAGCUUUUUACUUUAGUUUUUGGGAUUACAAUGUUGAUUUAUCUUCAUCAAGCUUCUCAGCAGCUAGAUUCCGUGCACAUCCGGUUCUAGUGUUGUUGCUAGCUCUGUUGGACUACUACUCUUACAAAACUGGACAUUGCUGGGAGUUAGCAUAGCAUAGCCCUGAUCGAUCCGAACGCCAUUCAGGAAACAAGUCUUUUAGAAGUUGUUGUCCUGCUGUCUUGCUGACAGACCUGAUAAAGUGGCGCAUUUGUAGUAAUGGCGAGUUGUGUUUAUUCGCAUAAUCGCGUUGUGUGUGAACACUCAGCAGUUGUCCAGCAAUAAAACCCCCGCGAGGAAAGCGUUACGUGGAAUUAAAUUUGUGUUUGGUCUGAAUGUCGCGUAACUGUCUCUUGUUGUUUAGACAUUUACACUCACAUUCAGUGCUUUGGGCAAUUCAGAGUCACCAAUUGACCUAAAUAGGAUAAAUCCUUUAUAAAAUAUAUAUAAUUACUAUGUCAUUACACAGUCCAUUACAACUUCAUAAUAAAUAAUACUUGUACAUGUGUUUCAAUGUGAUUGAAAAGGACUAGAAUUGUUUACUUGAUCAUUUAACAAAGUAUUAAGUUGCUCUCAUACUGUUCCUGUCUUAAGUGACAUUUAUUCGUGACUUGUUUCUUCCUCAAUAGUUAAGCUUCAGAGAAACUAUUGAAACAAACAAGAGUCUGUUAAGUCAUUUCAUGUAAGGUAUUCUGUGCUGCAGAGUGUUUUCCUGCUGGUAGCAUCAUUCUAUUCUAAAGAUGUAUGUUUUUUUCUGAAAUAUGUGUGUCACCAUUUUCUCUUUUCGUCCAGGAUUUUUUCUGUGUUUGUUUAAUUCCCAUUUUUCUCAUUUACAUUUUGUUCCUUUAAAGCAGUCUUUCUUGUAUCUUGAAUGUACACAGAAAAGAAAUCAAACCCAAACAGCCAAAUUAAUAAAACAAUGCCUCAUUUCA